AGACAUGGUGAGAACUUGAUGUUCCAUGAGCGCUCGCAGACGACCUGCACAACCCGCUGCUAAAGAAUAUCGCAUCUAUUAGCCGCUUUUCUUGGGGGAUCUCCAUGACAACAAUUUGCAAUGGUUAAGAAUUCGAUACCGGGGCGCUUGGAAGCUGAUUGGGGUGCAUUGUGAGGGCCUGGGGUCGCUGAUUGGUUCAAGGGAAGCCCCAUAACUACAUGGAGUUUAUAUUCAUUCAGCUUGUUGAAGUGCUCAGUGCGCAUCUUGGAGAGAGUGUGGAAUGAUUGUCUCAAACAGAAGACAUGGUUAUCAUCAAGAUGAGGCGAUUCACAUCUUGCAUCGUCGGACUCGGUAGCAUGGGUUAACUGGUUCAAAUUGGUUGAUUCGACAUGGCAAACCCAGACAGUGAAGUAAAAACGUUGCUGAACUUUGUGAACUUGGCCUCUAGUGAUAUAAAAGCGGCCCUGGAUAAAUCUGCCCCGUGCAGACGCUCCGUGGACCACAGAAAAUACCUGCAGAAACAGCUCAAGCGGUUCUCCCAGAAAUACUCUCGGAUGCCAAAAUGCCACCCGCACAGAUCCACUGAGUACGGAAACGGCAAGUCCAGUUCCUACCCCAUGGGGACUUCACAUCGUGGCAUGAAGCACGUUGGAAACGAGACUUCUGAUGCGCUCUGCGAUGAGAAUAUAAAGAUCGCUGUGAAUUCUGCAACUGAAAGUGAUAACACCAAACAAGAGCACGUGCCCAUGAGAAAACGUCAACUCCCGGCAUCCUUCUGGGAAGAACCCAGGUUAGGGCAAACCAACGUUGACCCGCCGCAGUGUGGAUGGAAAAGGAGUCCUGUCAAGUCAGGGCCAAGCGAGAUAGAAAAAAGGAUUAGCGUUCACGAGAAAGUCGUUAUCUCCCAGAGACGUGGCUCUGUGGAUAAAGAACCACUUAAACUGGACAUACUGUCACACAACUUGAGUUUGUGCAAUUGCUGCCCUUUUCAGUACCCAGGACAUCACGUGUUCCAGAGCCACCUUGUGUUUCCCCAUUCGGCUAUGGGACUCUGGGGGCCAGAGGGUGAAAAGGACACACCUGACACGCCACACAGAUUCAAUCACACGCACGUCGUGGUCAAACCCAUACCGACCAAGCCUACUGUGCAACCCUCUAUUUUCAGCGUUUUUGGCUUCAUCUGAAAAAUCAUUACGCACGUUGAAUUAGGUUAGGAGCAUCAUCAAUAAAUAAGAGAACUGUGAUGAUAGCAACAUUUCUUUUUUUUAAACCGUAUAAUACAACUCUGAAGCACUUAACUAGGUAACGUAUACACAGUUUGUUUCAAUAAUUUAAUUUCCUUUUAGUCAUUUGAGACAUAGCCAUGUCAAAAGGAAAAUGAAAUAUGUAACAUUUUAUGUGACAUUUAAUCACUUUUGAGAGGGGAGCUCCGACUCUUGAUGAGAUGUUAUCAGAAAAUGUAUCAAACUUGUAAAUAUUGACAUGAGAAUUGACGUU